AUGGGGCUCCCGCAGCAGAUCACGACCGGUCUUAGCACGCUCGUUGCAUUUUGUUUUCAGCCGUCGCCGUCGGUGGACUUUCCGGAUAAACUCCAGUUUCUAAACUGCGCCACAUCGUUGCGCAGCUCUGUUGGCACCCAAAACGGCUCGACAGGUGCUCGAUUUCUAAACGCCGCGAACCCACCGCAAUGGGUCAAGGACGACUUUGUCGAAGCCUGUGGGCUCUGCAACGUCGAGUUUGGUCUACUCAGGCGCAAACACCAUUGUAGGAGCUGCGGGUUGAUCUUCUGCGGUCACUGUACGGCGACGUUCGACCGCGUGGUCAAACUGGGGUACAUCGAGCCUGUACGACUGUGUAACAAUUGUACGACCACGGUCCAACGGGAGAAUGACUUUCUGGAAAAGUUUCUGCCGCUACUGGAAGCCGGGGAUGUCUUUACCAAGUACGGACUGCUGCGCAAGCGACAGGUGCAUCUCAAAUAUGUUCAGACGACGAGCAUUUUCCAGUACCAGAAGUACAAUUCUGUGACGAAAAGCUACGAAGGGGACGUGCAGGCGAUUCCCCUCGAUGGAAUUACGUCAGUCAGGGAGGUACCUGCUGGACGGGACAAUGCGGAUGUGGGUAUUCUCCUGGCGGUUGGCUCACAGGAGCACAGAUUCGACGCCGCAACGGAACGACAGAGGCAGCAGUGGAUGGACGCCAUUGCCGGAGCACGGCAGCUGCGUGACGCUUUGCUGGCCGCCGAACGAGAGAAGCGCGUGAAACAGGCCGAGAAAGAGAACGACGAGAUCCGCGAUAUGUCGGAGAAUCUGCUCACGAUGGAAAAGCGCCGCACGGCGUUCCAGGAUGAACGGCUGCGUCGUCGAGGUAAGAAGCGCGAGCAGCUGCGUGCCAAGUACAACCUCGCCAUAGCCGCUUCGUGA